UUAAUAUUUGUCUAUUUUCAAAUUUUAGAGGAAAUAUUUUACUAAUUUUAAAAUUUAAGGUGAUUUGAUAUUUCACCGGCGUUUAAAUUAACAAAGUAGUAUAGUACUGUAACUAAUUCUUGAGAUUGUCCUUUCCCGUUCUCAAGUUUUCUACAAAACACAAACUCUCUCUCUCUCUCUCUCUCUCUCUCUCUCUCUCUCUCUCUCUCAGUAUUGUUCCUGUCAAACAUGGAGAAAUCGGUCGCCGGUGAUGACUUCAACUACCAAUCCGGCCUCGGCAACCACUUAUCUUCGGAAGCCAUCGCCGGAGCUCUCCCGGUGGGACAAAACAGCCCCCUCAUAUGCCCUUUCGGCCUCUACGCGGAACAAAUAUCCGGCACCUCCUUCACCACCCCUCGCUCCCUCAACCUCUUCAGCUGGCUUUAUCGGAUCAAACCUUCGGUGACUCACGAACCGUUCAAGCUUCGGGUUCCUUCUAAUAGGAAAAUUUUGAGUGAGUUCAACAAUUCAAACAGUUCUACAAAUCCAACACAGCUUCGAUGGAAACCAACAGAUAUACCUGAUUCACCUACGGAUUUCAUUGAUGGCUUAUCCACUGUCUGUGGUUCUGGUAGCUCCUUCAUGCGCCAUGGAUAUGCUAUUCACAUGUACACUGCCAACAAAUCAAUGGACAAUUGUGCCUUUUGUAAUGCUGAUGGCGAUUUCUUGAUAGUUCCCCAACAAGGAAGACUCAUCAUCACUACUGAAUGUGGAAGAUUGAAAGUUUCACCUGGUGAUAUUGCUAUAAUACCUCAAGGUUUUCGUUUUCAUGUGAAUCUGCCUGAUGGUCCCUCCCGUGGCUAUGUUGCUGAAAUUUUCGGUACUCAUUUUCAACUUCCUGAUCUGGGACCAAUAGGUGCUAAUGGUCUUGCUUCCCCAAGGGACUUCCUUGUUCCUACAGCAUGGUUUGAAGAUAAAUCAUAUCCUGGAUACACUAUAGUGCAAAAGUUUGGCGGUGAACUAUUUACUGCAGUACAAGAUUUCUCUCCCUUCAAUGUUGUUGCUUGGCAUGGUAAUUAUGUUCCAUAUAAGUAUGACCUAAGCAAAUUCUGUCCUUAUAAUACAGUGCUGUACGAUCACAGUGAUCCAUCAAUUAAUACUGUUUUGACAGCACCAACUGAUAAACCUGGGGUGGCAUUGCUUGAUUUUGUCAUUUUCCCACCCAGGUGGCUUGUUGCUGAGCAUACCUUCCGACCUCCGUAUUAUCAUCGCAAUUGCAUGAGUGAAUUUAUGGGUCUCAUCCAUGGUAACUAUGAGGCAAAGGCUGAUGGGUUUCUUCCGGGUGGUGCAAGUCUUCAUAACUGUAUGACUCCCCAUGGUCCUGAUACCAAGUCAUAUGAGGCCACUAUUUCUCGUGGGAACAAUGUAGGACCUCACAAGAUCACCGACACAUUGGCUUUUAUGUUUGAGUCAAGUUUGAUUCCCCGUAUCAGCCGAUCGGCUCUUGAAUCUCCAUUCCUGGAUCAUGAUUAUUACCAAUGUUGGAUUGGUCUAAGAUCUCAUUUCACAGUUCCUGAGAAAUCUCUUGGAAGCCUAACCUUGAACAAUGGAAUAAGGACCAAGGAGUGAAAUGGUUGUUUGCCACACAAAUACAAUUGGGUUCUAUGUACAUACAUAAUAAAAGUAACCAGUACGGAAUGUAAUAUAGAUGUUAAAAGUCAGUAAAUAUAAUAAAUUGCAGAAUUAGCAUAAAAAAAAAAAA